AUGUCGAUGCGUUCUCUUGUCGGGCUGAACAAGCAAGUGCCGAGCCAGGCCUACAUGCGCGUGCUGGCUAGCGGUAUGCGUGGUUUCCACGCUGCUCGUCCCACGGCCGUGGAUGCGACCAAGACCCGUUCGUUCGGCGGUCCCCGCAUCUACCCCUCCAGCGGCUCCUACAUCAACGGCACCGUGAACGACCCUACGGUAUACCCCAAGCCCGAUGCGACGCACGGCUCGUACCACUGGGCCUUUGAGCGCCUGAUCUCUGCCUCGCUCGUUCCCAUCUGCGCUGUCGCCGCGGCGAAGCACGGCAUGUCCGGCGUGGUGGACGGUGUUUUGUCGGUGACCCUGCUACUGCACUCUCACAUUGGUUUCGAGAACGUCGUGACUGACUACGUCGAGAAGCGCAAGUUCCCCAUUGCCGGCCCUGCGCUCAACUGGUUCAUUCGCAGCUUCACGGUCGCUUCCGCCAUCGGUCUUUACGAGUUCAACACGAACGACAUUGGCCUGACUGAGCUGAUUGCCAAGCUCUGGACUGCUUACCGUUGUAAACUCACCGACAUGCUGUCGGGUGAGAUGGACAUCUGCGCGCGGUGUGCGGGCGGCAACAACGCCGGCCACACGAUCGUGGCGAACGUUGGUCCUGACCAAGUCAAGACCAAGUUCGAUUUCCAUCUCCUCCCGUCCGGUCUGGUCAACCCCCGUUGUGUUGGUUUCAUCGGCAGCGGUGUCGUGGUGCACGUCCCCUCGUUCUUCAGCGAGCUCGACACGAUCGAAAAGAAGGGUCUCAAGUGCGACAACCGCCUGUUUUUGUCGGACCGUGCGCACCUCGUGUUUGACUUCCACCAGGUCGUCGAUGGCCUGAAGGAGGUCGAGCUGGGCGGCAGCAGUAUCGGUACCACCAAGAAGGGUAUCGGUCCCGCGUACUCCUCCAAGGCGUCGCGCUCGGGUCUGCGCGUGCACCACCUGUACGACUUCGAGACCUUUGCGCAAAAGUUCCGCAAGCUCGUCGAGGGCCGCAUCAAGCGCUACGGCAACUUUGAGUACGACACCGAGGGAGAGAUCGCUCGCUACCGUGCCUUUGCCGAGCGCCUGCGUCCGUUUGUCGUGGACGGUGUGACGUUCAUCCACUCGAUGCUCUCGUCGAACCGCCGCGUGCUGGUCGAGGGUGCGAACGCGCUGAUGCUCGACCUGGACUACGGUACCUAUCCGUUCGUCACGUCGUCUUCGACGGGCAUCGGUGGUGUAUGCACGGGUCUCGGUAUCCCUCCGCAGAGCAUCGGCAAGGUGAUUGGUGUCACGAAGGCAUACACGUCGCGUGUCGGCGCCGGUCCUUUCCCGACCGAGCUGAACGACGACAUCAUGACGCACCUGCAGGAGGUCGGCGCCGAGUACGGCACGACCACCGGCCGUCGGCGCCGCUGCGGCUGGCUGGACCUGGUGAUGAUGCGCUACUCGUGCCUCAUCAACGGCUACACCUGCCUGAACCUGACCAAACUCGACGUCCUGGACGGCAUCAAGGAGAUCAAGGUCGCUACGAGCUACACCAUCCAGGGCAAAGAGCUCGCCAGCUUCCCGGCGGACCUCAACAUGCUCGCAAAGGUCGAGGUGCAAUACAAGACCUUCCCGGGCUGGGAGGGUCCCAUCUCGGAGAUCACCGAGUACGACCAACUGCCCCAGACCUGCCGCGAGUACGUCGAGUUCAUCGAGGACUUCCUCGGUGUGCCGAUCGAGUGGAUCGGCGUGGGCCCGGCCCGCAAGUCGAUGCUCCACCGCCCGGUCGCGGAGAAGUAA